AUGGCGACCGACGAGGCGGAGGAGGCGCGGAAGAUCGAGCGCGCGAUGACGUCUCUGGCGUUGACGUCCGAUGAUGAUCUCGAGCGCACGCUCGAUCGGGCGCUGCCGGCGAUCGUCACGUCGCUGAAGACAAAGUUUCCAAACAAUCUCAAUCUGUUAAUGUCCAUGUUGAAGCACGUCAACGCGCGGUUACGAGGAUGUCCGAACGCGAAGUUGCCGUGGAAGACGUUGAUCGAGACGUUCGCGGGCGCAGAACACGCGUUCGUGCGAAAUUUCGCGUUGGUGUACGUGGAGAAGGCGUUGGAGCGGGAAGACGGGCGGACGCGGGAGAUCGCGUGCGCGCGGUUGAUGAAAGGGUUAGGAACGCGAUCGAGCGAUCAGAUGGACGUGCUGUGUCGAUUGGCUUUCGAUUCUCUCGGUGAGCUUCGAGUUUCGGACGCUGAGAGGGAUUGCGAGUGGUUGCGGGACGCCGCGACGCGCGGCGCAUUUCUUCAGCGAGCGAGAGAUUUCUUGGCGUACUCGCCGAACGCGGCGGGAACGAGCGCGGCGACGACGCCGAAUCGGCUCGAGACGCAUGUGGAGGCAUUGGCAAACGCGGCGAUCGGGGUGGACGACGCGCGGGCGGGGGAGCUCAGAGCCGCAGCGGUGGCUUCGUCGGCCGCGAGGGCGGAGGACGCCGCAGCGCCAGUUCUGAGCGCACCGCCGAGCAUGAGUCCGAGCGCGGUGGAGCGGUUGCUGGGUAAAGGUAAACCAAAACCCGCGCCCGCGGUGUUAGCGAAGAAGAAACUGCGCGUGCUCGAUUACAUCGCGAGCGCGUCGGUAAUGGAAAAAUCAGAGAGUGCAGACGUCUCGAUGGAAUCAGACGAAGAGAGCAAAGCGGAACUGCAAACUCCGCGUGAGCGUUUCUUGGUGAGCGGACGCGAGAUGCUUUCGAUUUGUCUGAUCGCGUCGUGCGAUAGCGAUCACGAGGUGGCUAAGCGGGGCGAAGAACUACUGAAGAGGCGAUGCUCCUGGGAGACAAAUCGUCCAGUCAUCAACUUGGACGACGCGGACGUCGCGGACGAGUUAUUUCAACUCUUCAAUGGAUCACCCAUGGGCAUCCCCGAGGCGUCGCGUAUUUUACCGGCCUCGCCGUCGGUGCGGUUGAAAAUCAUGACUCUUCUCACGCGCUCGAUGGCGGCGGCGGACUCGUUUCCGCAGAAUAUCGAGACGGUUAAGAUGUGCCUAUACGGAGUCGGGACCAACACGAGAUUAAAGGCGUGCGGCAUGCAGUUCACGGUUUGGAUCUUGACGCACGCGACGAGUAAAGAGUUACUAGCUUUCGGACCGUCGCUCAUGGCUGGGAUGCUGGAAAUUUUGGACGCUCAAGUCGAAGGUGCCAAUGAAGAUCAGAGCUCCACGUUGGCUCGCGAAUCCUUACGCGGAUUCUGCUAUCAAGCGCUUUCGCAGCUUGCCGAACGCGACAAGGCUAGUGUCAAUCGAGACGUAUUGCUCGCCGAACGCAUCUUCGAAGCGCUGGAGAAAGAACCGGAGGGUGUGAAGUCUUACGUACAGGACGCCGCACGAACGCUUGUAGCGGCGUAUCGAGAAUCGCCGUCAACGUACGUGCAGACUCGCACGGAGGAACUCAUUUUGAGCGCUAUCGAAGACAAGGACAAUAAGUAUCGCCGCCUGGUCGGUGCGCAGUGGGCGCAUGAAUUUUUUCCGUUUUCACACGUUCCUUCGAGGUACGCGAGCGUCAUCGCUUCGGGCGACUCGAAGAUGGAGAUGCAGGCACUCGGGAAGAAGGGACUUCGCGAGCCGAGCGCGUCGCGUCAAGUGGAGGACAACGCGCCUUUACACGUCGAAAGUUGGGAGGGCUGCGACCGAGCAGUGGACGCAAAAUAUUGGACGAGCGAAGACGAGAUGUUCCACGAUUUGUCUGGCGAUCACUACCGGUACAUGGAAUAUCUUGCGUUUUGUCAGACGCGACGUAAAAUUCCGCGAGUGCUGGAACGACAUCCCCCCACGUCGUCGAUACUGCGCUACAUGGCUUCGAAACUUCCAGUGUUAGCAAACGAAUCGGCUUUACAUUCGGCGCUCAUUUUACCAGAAAAUGCCAUGUGUGAGGCCUUGGAAUUCUUGAACUCGUGCUUGAAGAGUGACGCGACACGAGGAUGGACGCUUCUACCGGACGACGUCAGGCUAUAUCUCAGUUACUUGAACCGCUGCUUAGUCAAGGCUGCCGGCCCUUCACUCGUGAGCGCCGCGUUGCUCAGCUUCAUCGACUUGGUGGAACGCAUGCCCACAUUACUCGAUGAAAAGUCCACGGCGGAUGCUAUUUUGACUCGUUUGCGACACUUUGUUUCGCACACAGAUUCGCUCACUCGGCGUCGUGCUGCGAAGCUGUGUGGCGUGCUUGUUCGAUACCUCAGCGCUGAUAUGCGAAUCACUCUUUUAGAUGAGUUUCUGGUACUGGCGAAGACGGACGAACGCGGUGCGAGGCUCGAGCAGCAAGAAGGCGCGAUCAUUGCAAGCGGCUUCAUCAUUGGUUCUGGUUUGCUUCCAGAAGAUGUCGUCAUUCGAACAAGCCAGACUUUCGUGGCACUGGCACAAAAGGUUGGCAAAGGACAAAGCGUUGAAGCAACGUUGGCUAGCGUUGCGGCGGAGGCAAUCGGUCACGCCGCAAUUCGCAAUCCUUUACCGUCCAGUGUGAAAAGAGACUCGAUUGACGCGGUGUGUGGCGUCAUGCAAAAUACUGAUCCCAACGUCGCUAAACUCGCAGCUCGCGCCGCCGGUCACAUCAUGAUGCGGGACUUUAGCGAGGAAACGUCAUCAAAAUUGCUUCCGAAGAUUUUCGCGCUCGCCGACAUGAAAAAUGAUGACGCGCAGUUUGUGAUUGGUGAGGCGCUUGCGUGUGCGUGGGGAGGCGUUACACUGGACGCCGACCGCGUCCUCACGACGUCUUUCACUUCACUGAGUGCUGAGAUGAAACUUGCGACGAUGGAUGAUUCGGAUUUAUCGAAGGAAACGAUCGAUCACGUCGAGGUACGGUCACGCGUCGCUAACUACGUCAAGAGUAACGAUGAGAGACAACAUAUUCACCGUGACGUGCUCAAUUCCAUCUUUAACGAGCACAUUUAUAGUAGUCGCGUCGAGCGGCGAUGUGCAGCGUGCGUUUGGUUACUUUCGUUAGUGACGCACACGAACAACCAUCCGAGAGUUCUGUCCAUGAUUGACGAUAUCCAGGAGGCGUUUGGUUCUUUGCUGGGUGACCAAAACGAUCUCACUCAAGAGCUUGCGAGCCGCGGCAUGAGCAUGCUUUACGACAUGUCCGACGAGAUGCAACGAGAAUCGCUGCUGGCAUCUCUCAUGGGCACACUGAAUGGCAAAGCACCGAAAAAGCGUCACGUUAAGCUCGAUGAUAACGCUGAAGUCUUCGACGAGGGUGCGAUUACUCUAGACGACAAGGCGCUCAGAAGCGGUGACGGAGACAAGAGUUCGUUGACGACGUAUCAAGAGUUGUGCAGCGUCGUGACAGAUAUCGGCCAACCGGAUUUGAUCUACAAGUUCAUGGAUCUCGCGAAUCACCAACGAGCGCUAAAUUCUUCACGAGGCGCCGCUUUUGGCUUUGCAUCCAUCGCCAGACGAGCCGGCAACGCAGUAUCACCGUACGUAGACAAACUCGUGCCGAAAUUAUUCAGGCUCAUGCACGACCCGAAUCCGAAAAUGCAAGAGGCUGUGAAAGGGAUUUGGGUAUCCCUCGUUGAUUCUACUAAAACGGCGGUGGAUGAACACUUUGAAUCAAUUAUGGAAGAGAUUUUGCGCGAGUCUGGAAGCCGACUGUGGCGCAACAGGCAAUCGAGCGCGGGUGCCCUGAGUGAUGUGUUAUCAGGAAGAACUUUCAAAGAAAUCGAACCUCAUCUCGAGAGUGUUUGGAACGUGUGCUUGCGUUUGAUCGAUGAUAUCAAAGAGACGGUUCGCAUAGCCGGUGAAGGCUUGUGUCGAUCGGUUCGUUCGUUGACCAUACGCCUCUGCGAUGCGCACCAUAGUGGCCCGAACGAAGUGAAGGGAACGAUUCAAAUCGUCCUACCAAUCUUGCUAAAACGCGGUUUGCUAUCGACGGUGAAAGAAGUUCAAGCCUUGAGCAUGGAUGUCAUCAUGAAGCUCGUGAAAUUCGCCGACGGCGGUGCGAUCAAAUCUCACAUACCAGAAAUUGUGAAGACGCUUCUCGAUUCUCUCUCCUCCAUGGAAGAUUCAAGAUUGAACUACAUCGAACAGCACGCAGCUUCGUUCGGUCAAGGGGCAAGCGAGAGGCUGGAGCACAUUCGUUUGCGCGCGGCGAAAUCAAGUCCGAUGGGCGAGACUCUGGAUCUAUUGAUGACACACAUAGACGAGGAGAUCAUGUCUGAGCUCGUCUUGACUUUGAUCUCUGUGUUACGCUCAAGUAUUGGUUUAAAUACCCGAGCGGGCGCGGGCCGAUUUCUUCAGCGCUUGUGCAUGCGACGAGGUAGGCUUAUUCGACCGCAUGCAACAACGCUCUUUCGCACGUUACUGUCUUCAGCGGUCAGCGACACGUCUGCAUCUGUUCGCAAUAGUUUCAUCACAGCCAUUGCAGCGAUUGCGAAAUAUGCGGAAGAACCACAAGUGAAUGCUCUCGCGGAAGAAAUUGCGCGACUGUUCAAGAGUGAAACAGAGACGGAACGAGCCGUCGCGGCGAAUCUUGCUCUAGAGCUAUCGCGAAGUGCUCCGGACGCACUCGCUCCGCAGAAAACAUUGAUACUGCCGCUCUCGUUCGUUGGCCAGUUCGACACAGAGGAGGCUGGAAAGUCAAAGUGGACCGAGGUCUGGAACGAGAAUUCUGGAGGUGUGUCAGCGAGUCUUCGCGUGUACCUCGAUGAGAUUCUUGUAAUUACGUUGGAUUACUUGACGAGCAACCAGUGGCAGCGCAAACGUCAAGCCGCUGACGUGUUUGUUGCGAUUGCCGAGAAGUCACCAGACGUGAUCGCCAUCAAAGUGAGUGAGGUUAUGAAAAGUCUCAUCGCCGAGCUCCCUGGUCGAUUGUGGGAUGGUAAAACGUGUAUGUUACAAGCUGUCGCGGCUUUGACGACGGCAUGUCCGCAGCAAAUAGAAGCCGCUGCGGUAAUCGAGGCCCUUGUCACCGAGAGCAAAAGGCCAAAGUCGGAUUAUCGCAAGGCUGCGCUGAAAGCGCUCGACGCAUCUUUGGUCUCAAUCACCUCGAUCGGUGAUGGAUUAGAUGAAGCGGAUGUUGUGUCGAAAAUAAUGCCAGUUGUUGAAGCAGCACUGAUGGCAACACCGGCGCCGCUGGACGACAUUGACAACGGAGUUGGCGCGGCCGGAUCAUUGGACAAGAUGAAAGAGGCGCAGUACGAGGGGCAACAACGCGCGAAAGCGACGGCCGCUACGGCGACAGCCGCUACGGCGGUCUUGGCGACGAUACUCAAUCGCGUGUCGCCUGAAGCCAUCCGUCAUCACGCGUCCAAGUGUCUCGAGCUUUGCCGUAUGUCUCUCGAUGCGGAGUUAGCGAAAGAACGCCGGCAUGAAGCCCUCAAGGGUAUCGUUGGAUUGAUGCGACUGGCCGAAAAGGAUGCAACGGAUCAAUCGCUGCCGUUCGAAGUUGAUUCAACGUUCAGUUUGGUCGUCGCGGCGUCAGAGGACGUGUCGUCAACCGCUCUUCGCCUGGACGCUGUGGAAGCAUUGGUCGCGCUCGCGCGUCACGCUCCAUUGAAGUCGAAUGUGGAGAACGUUCUCAAGAAGAUGCUCACGACGGAUAAAGCUCCAGAGGUCGUUCGAUCCGCUAUGCGAGGCAAAGCCGAGAUAUCGGGGGAUUCGGUCCCGAUGACGGCAUAG